AUUUGAUUGUGAAGUUGGGUUUUGUACAUCAAGCUUCUAUGAUGAAUCCUUCAACUUCAGGGGGUAACAGUACUCGCAAGAAGAGGGGUAAACGAGGACGUGGCAAACCGAAACAAUUGUUCCAAGAUGAAGAAUUUGAGUUUGGCCUGGGUGACCAUCAAGACGAAAACGAUCAGAUGAAUGGUCAAUGUGAAAGUGGGGAUGUUGAAAAGGUUUCAAAAGAGCAGCAUAUAUCGCUUUUAAGAGAGGCAGUUCCCGACCACAACAAACAGGCGUAUCUUCAAUAUGAAACUGAAAAUGUUGGGGAUGGACACAAAUCACCCUUGAAAGAGACAUUUCCUGAUAUAAAUCAACCAUUGAGUUUUGAAGAAGAGUCUUGGGAAGUAGUUCCAGGAAAGAAAAAGGGAAAGAGGAGUUUGGACAAGACUAAACAAGAGGCGUCUUCGUGGCCAGGUCCGGAACCUGUAAUUAAUAAAAUACCCGAAAAUAUGGAAAAAGAACUUUGCCAAAUGAACUUGAACACAGCCGUGGAACAAGUGGAAAUUUCAGAGGAUGAUAAAGAACAAAGUUUACAACAAGCAGUUGAAACUGAAAGAGACAGAAUUCAGCGGGAGAGGGAGCAAAUUGAAAGAGAAUUUUCCAAUAUGCAACUUAGUAAAACUUUCAAACCGAUUAUUCCAGGUAAAAUUGGACAAUCUAUUAUGUUGGAGUCCAACCACAUACCACUAAAAAUUGGUUGCUUACAAGUAGCUUAUCACUAUGACGUGACAAUCACCCCAGAUAUGCCAAAAAUUAUUCUACCAAUAGUCUUUGAAAAGUUUCGUCAUCAGCAAUUUCCGGAGAGAAAUCCGGCGUUUGAUGGACGAAAGAACAUGUAUACACCAAGGGAGAUGCCCUGGUCGAAAAUUAGUGGUGAAGUCACUUUAGCAGUGGAAGGGACCGAUAAAACAUACAAGAUAGACAUCAAAUAUGCGAGUUUCGUGAAUUUAAAUCCGUUACAUGAUUUAACUGCUGAGCGCCAGUCUCCCACUUCAGCCUUAACUGUGAUUGACAUAGUUUUGAGAGCGGCUGCCUCAAAACAUUGUUGUGUGGUUGGGAGAAGUUUCUUUACGAAACCACAAGGUCGAACGAUAGAUCUUGGUAACGGUAUGGAAAUGUACGAAGGAUUCUACCAAUCGGCCAUAAGAGGUGGAAAAUUAUUAUUGAAUGUAGAUGUGGCACAUAAAGCUUUUCCAAAAGCUCAGUCCGUUGUAUCGGCUAUUGAAAAUGUUUGCAAGAUACCAGGACAAGAUUUUUCUCUAAAUAAACCUUUAAGUCCAAUUCAAUUUGCUUCGUUUCAGAAAUAUAUACGAAACUUAAAAAUUGUGUAUGAGAUCCCAGGCCAGCCCAAUAGCAAAAGAUUUUACCGCGUUAAUGGAUGUGAUGAUCCUCCCAGAUAUAAAACAUUUGAAACUACCACGGGAAGCUUAACAAUCGAAACUUAUUUCCAAAGAGACAAAGGAUACAGCCUACUUUAUCCAUUUAUGCCCACUUUAUGGGUUGGGUCGAAGGCACGAGAAAAUAGGAUCUUGUUGCCCGUAGAAUGUUGUAUAAUACCUAAAAACCAGGCGGUCAAUAGAAAAAUGACAGACAAUCAGACGACGGAAAUGAUCAGAAGUGCUACAACACGCCCCCUUAAACGCAAAGAGAAAAUAAGAGCUGGCGUAUCCACUGCGAAUUACAAUAUAGAUCCAGUGGUCAAAGAAUUUGGAUUCUUUGUUGGUGAUAAAUUUGAACAGGUGAAUGGACGCGUCCUACAACCACCGGUACUUCGUUACUACAACAGGAAGGAAGCCUUCGUGACCAAUGGAUGUUGGUCGUCUGAAAACGUACAAUUUGAGUCACCUGCUCAAAUUCGUAAGUGGACUAUUGUAUGGACUGAUCAAAAUGAGCCGCCGACUCAAUUGGAGAGAUUGGCUCUUUUGUUAUACCAACUGGCGAAGAAAAAUGGAAUGAACAUAGGAACAAUAACUAAACCAUUCCAAUGUGCUGGUUCAACAUUAAGGGAUCUCACAAACUAUUUUCAAAAGAACAGAAACUUUGACAUCAUUUUUGUCAUAGUCACCAAGACUUACUCAGUUGUUAAGAAGGCGGCAGAAGUGAACGUUGGAUGUUUAACACAGUGUAUUCAUUCCAGAACGUUACCAAAACUGAAUAAUAAAAUGGUUUCAAAUAUUUUAUUGAAAGUCAAUAGUAAAAUGAGCGGAAUUAAUCAUAGUUUGGCUAACAAACCGGCUAUUUUCAAUAAACCGUGCAUGAUUAUGGGUGCUGAUGUCACCCACCCUACUCCAGAAGCCCAAAAUGUUCCAAGUGUAGCGGCGGUGGUAGCUUCCCAUGAUCCAAAUGGGUGUAAAUAUAAUAUAUGCUGGAGAUUACAUAAGCCGAAGGAAGAAGUGAUAGUUGAUUUAAAACAGAUAGCAAAAGAGCAAUUGCUGUUUUUUUAUCGAGAAAAUAAUGGACAGAAACCACACAGCAUAAUAUUUUUCAGAGACGGAGUCAGUGAAGGACAAUUUAAUGCGGUACAUAAUAAAGAAAUUAUUGCUUUACAAGGAGCUUGCAGAGAAAUGGAACAUGGUUAUGAACCAAAAAUAACAUUUAUUGUCGUGCAAAAACGCCACCACACCCGAUUGUUCCCAUUAAGUUUUGCUUUGAACGACGGUAACGUUCCGGCUGGCACUUGUGUGGACCACACCAUUUCGAAUCCUUGCAUGAAGGAGUUCUUUUUGGUUUCACAUUCCAGUAUUCAGGGUGUUGCAAAGCCCACCAAGUAUUGCACGCUUUGGGACGAUAAUGAAUUUUCCAACGAUGAACUGGAACAACUGGCUUACUUUUUGUGCCACAUGUUUAGUAGAUGUAAUCGGUCAGUGAGUUACCCUGCACCCACGUAUUAUGCCCAUUUAGCUGCUGCCAGGACCAAGGUUUAUUUGGAUAACAAUAAUGAUCUUAAUUUGAAUAACUUGGAAAUGGAAUUAUCAAAUCAUAGCAUUAAGGAUCGCAUACGCAAGGAAUUUCCUAUGUUUUUUGUUUAACCAAUUUUCAAUUGCUAGGCUAAGUUAUUACUUUGUUCGAAAGUUAAGUUUUAUCCACUUUUAUAAUCAAUAAAAUGUUGAUAACCUUUUA